AUGUCCUAUCCGCAGUAUAACCAGGUACAUUCUGCAAUUAAAUCCUGAUUUCAUGAUAAUAUUGGUUUGAAGGGACCAACCUACACACAGCAGCCAGGCUACGGCUACCCUGGUCCGAAUUACAAUGGCCCACCGGUCAGUUGAUCUGAACAAGAUGAUUUUUAUUAUUAAUGACUUUCUAAAAUUAUUUUAUUAAUCAUAUUAUUUUUUCAGGGAUACGCGAACCAACAGCCAGGUUAUGGAUACCCACAACAGCCACAAGUCGUGUGAGUUUCGAUUUUUUAAUAAAAAUAACGACAUUAAAAGGUAGGAAAGUGAAUAUUUUUUUCUGCAUUUUCUUUUGCACUGAGAAACUGAAUUGGAUUCCGUAUCAUUUUUUCUGUAUGAAUAAUCAAAACUUAGAUAUUCCUGAUAUUUAGUGAACACGAGCUUUUUUUCAUGGAGCCCUGCCUUUGAAUUAUCUUCGGGACACUUCACUUUUUAAGAGUAGAAUUCAAAAAAAACCUCAAAAAUUAAGCCGGAAAACUUUGUAAUGAAUAUACUCACAGUGAAAAAAAAAUUAUAAGAAAAUAAUGGUAAGUAAUGAAAAGAUUUUUGGUUUGGCGGUCUUUUUUCUCGUAGGGCAAAUAUUUGCACGAUUACUGGCGCCAAAAAAUUUGAGGUAGACUCAUUUUUUGGCGAUUUCUCAUUGUCGAGAUUUUUUCUUUGGUAUAGGAUUGGCUGACGAAUUUUUUUCACGAUUAAUCGAAAUUAAUAAUUUUUUUCGUCGAUCAGUUGAAAAGAAACAAAAAGCUUGGGACGUUAAGGGGCGUGGUCUGUCUGCUCUCUCCUCCAAAGGGGAAUUAUUUCUUUUAUUAUCGUGUCAGGACCUUUUUUUGGUAGCUCAAGCUAACUGAGAAUUGAUUACAGUUUGGAGAGUUCAAUAGAAGAUAUUCACAUGAACUUAUGAAUUCAAAAAUCUCUCCUCUUGCAAAAAAAUUUUUUUUAUUUUUUUGAAAAAUAAAUAGACAAAAAAACGCGUUAAUCUGACUACACCUUUCAAAAAUGUUCCUCAAAUUCUACAAGUAAACUAUAGAAGCUAUUAAAAAUCGUUCAUUCAAAAGUUUGGAAAGAAAAAUUUUCAACAUGCAAAAUUGACCUAACUUCUCAUAUUUCAUAAGAGUAACAUAAAUAUGAACCCUAGAGAGUUCACUUGGGUAUAAAAAUUCGAGAAAUUACAUCAAAUAACUUUAAAACUUAAAGCCUUAGAAAAAAAGAAAAAAACUGAAAAAAAUAACUAACUAAUUAAUUUUUUUGUACCGUUAACUUUUUUUUUGAAAAAUAUGAAAUUUCAUUUUUCAUAUGCGUGGAGCUCAUAGUCCCAAUAAAGUCAUAAAAAACAGAUUUUGGAUUCACCUAGAUUGAAUUUUUUGAAGACUUGGGAUAAUGGCUAGAUUAAAACUUGCAGUAGCUUGAAAGGAACUGAAAAUUUCUAGAGUCACCAGUAAUUCUGAAAAGUAUGAAAGAUUGGUAUUUUCAGUGUGGUUGAGCAGCGACACCACCAUCACCGCGACAAUUCUAACAGCAACUGCUGUUGGGUGGCUCUGAUGGCCUGCUGCGCCGGGUGCUGCCUCGCCGAUUGCUGUGACGGCGACUGCUGCUGUUGUUGCUGA